CACAUUCUAUCAUUCGACUGCUAUUUCUUGCUCAGUCGGUGGACUUUAUUUUUGUAGUGAAAAAGAAUUUAGUACAAUGGAUUCAGCUUUACGCGAACAAGUAAUGAUAAAUCAAUUUGUAUUAGCGGCAGGAUGUGCACGAGAACAAGCAAAACAGUUACUUCAAGCCGCUCAUUGGCAAUUUGAGACCGCACUUUCAAUAUUUUUCCAAGAAGUAGCCUUACCAUCUGGAGCUAAUGGCAUAGCUGCACCACACUAUCGUCAGCAAUUAAUGACACCGUGCAACACUCCGGCGACGCCGCCAAACUUCCCCGACGCGCUGGCGGCGUUCUCGCGCCUGUCGACGACGGGCAGCCCGAGCACUGCAGGCGGCGGCGGCGGCCCGGCCGUGCCGCCCGUGUCGCCGCUCGCCACGCACCCGCCCCCGCCGCCGCCCCCACAAGUGCAGAUGAACGCCUUCGCUGGCUCUCCAAACUCGCAGACGAACUAUUCACCGCUUUCCUGCUCAACUGCAAUGUGCAGUGAACACAUGCCCAGAUAAAUUGAAGAAAUUAGUUUAGUAGCAUCUAUAAUUUAUUUUUCUAAUGGUGCGCAAUGUGAGCUGUGGAAUUGUGUAUGGGAAUGUAUAUUACUUUAUGAACACCCCUGCAGCGCGUCGAUUUGCUGGACAAUAUUCGGGGUGCUGUAGUCAAUCAUGUUAAAUUUAAUAAUAUAAAAUAUUGUAUCUAUUUAUAUAUACAGUGGUUUCAGCAAUUUUGCACAAUAUCACCUAUGAACUGUGUUACAUUUCGGUGAUGAAUCAAAAUUUAUGCUGUGAUUCUAGUUUUUUGGUAUCAGUAAGAAGUAAUGGAAUCAUUCAUGAGAUAUAUUAGGUGAAAAUGAUUGAAAUCAAUGUUAUUUUUACAAUUUGAUAGAUGUUAUACCCUCAUACUUUUCUAGAUACCAUUGUUUAAUUUUUCACCAUGAACAAAAGCUGGUUUUUGUGAUCGUGUUAGUAGAGUAAUUGAUCACUAUUUUCAUAAAAGACAAUAUUAUUUGUAAUCAAAGUUUAUUUGAACAAAUCCACAAUUCUGUUACAUUAUGUAAUACUCAUUCUUUUCACCGAGUUAUAUUUGUGAAGGUAUGACAGACACCUACCAUGCAAUUUUAAGUAUAUCUGUACAGCUUAUUGCACAAUCAUUAAUUUCUAAAUCGUUUCAUAGAAACGUCAUCAUAAUAUAUUUGUAAUAGAUGUAUGUUUGUAGGUACAACAUAGAUGACUGAAGUGAAAGAUUCACACAUUGAUUUGUAAUUAUAUUGCUAACUUUAACAAACGUUUUGUUAUACUGACUUAAGUGAUUAAUGUUAUGAAAUUAUGCUUGUAUUAUUGUUUAAGGAUUCUAAGAAAUAAUUUCUUACGAAAUAGCCAUGCUCAAGAUGAUUUUAUGACAAAUUAGGAAAUUCAAAAUUUAUCUUUACAUUUAUGGAUAAAUAAAUGUAUCAGAUUUUAAAGUAGAAACUUCCUAUAGCUAUUUAUAAUUGUUAAAGUUGUAUAUAAAAAGUACCUGUCACUUCAUUUUCAUGAUAAUCUAGUUAAAUACAUGAAGUUAAGCGUUUGAUUACAUCAUUUGCAUCAACUAAGUAAUGAAAUAAAUUUGUACAGCAUAAAUAAAAUGUAAUAAGUCAUACAA